CUAUUCAAACCCGGUUCGGUCAAAUCUAAUUUACAUCAGGAUUGUGAUAAACAACGAGAUUUAUGCGUGGUCAAGUGACUUAUUCACGUGAUGUAACAAAAAAUAGCAUACAAUUUACCUACAAUUUAUCCUUAUAUAUUUUUGGAUACAAUAGAUUUAUUGAUACGGCACUGAAUUCAACUGAGUCAAGUCUAAACGGAAUACACGAGACAUCAGUCAAUUCGGCCAACUUAGAUUUUUGCACUCUAUGCAUGAAUACAAGCCUGAUUUAAUUUUUUUUGUCAGGCGUAAAAAUCACCGGGAGAAUGCAAGAUAAGAGAAUUUUUAAAAGGAAUAAGUGUUAUCAGUUAAUGUUCGACAUUAUUAAAAUUACUGAUUGAUAGAUUUUCUGUGAGGUUAAAUUUCAAUGAUUCUAUUGUCGUGUUUCACUUCAUUGUUAAGUUUAAUAAAAUUCAAUCGUUGUAAUAAAUAAGUAACCAAUUAAUAAUUAAAUAUUUUCUUAAAGUAACUAAUUAUUUAUCAAAUGAUUAAACAUGAAUCAAUGAAUAGAUACGGUCCUUUAGUAGGAGCAAUCGAUGAAGGAACGAGCAAUGUGAGGUUUAUGGUAUUUGCAGCUGACACUGCAGAGGUAUUAACAUAUCAUCAAACAUCCAUCUCACUGCAAUAUCCGAAAGAAGGAUGGGUUGAACAAGAUCCAGUUGAAAUUAUAUCAGCAGUGAGAGAGUGUUUAUCUCAAACUGUAAUUAAUCUUGAACAGUUAAGGAUUGAUCCAUCUGAUAUUGUUGCUGUGGGUAUUGCAAAUCAACGUGAAACUACGGUAGUUUGGGAUUCUAUAACAGGAGAACCACUCUACAAUGCAAUUGCGUGGAUGGAUAUGAGAACAACGAUAUUAGCAGAUGAGUUAUUAAAAAAAAUUCGUAACCAAAAUAAAAACUACCUCAAGCCAUUAUGUGGCCUCCCCAUUAGUCCUUAUUUUAGUGCUUUAAAAUUGAAGUGGUUACUAGAAAAUGUACCAAAGGUACAGGAAGCAGUUGCUAAUAAACGAUGUAUGUUUGGUACCAUCGACUCGUGGGUUAUAUGGAAUUUAACUGGUGGAAUCAACGGUGGUGCGCAUAGUACUGAUGUUACAAAUGCUUCACGUACAAUGUUAAUGAAUAUUUCUACUUUAAAAUGGGAUCCAACUUUGCUUCAGUUUUUUAACAUACCCAAAGAAAUAUUGCCACAAAUACGGAGUUCAUCUGAAAUUUAUGGUUUCAUUCAUGAAGGGCUUCUUAAAGGUGUGCCUAUAUCAGGUUGUUUAGGAGAUCAGCAAUCUGCACUCAUUGGUCAAAUGUGUUUGCAGCGAGGAAAGGCAAAAAGCACAUAUGGGACUGGUUGUUUUCUUUUGUAUAAUACCGGCACUGCAAUUGUUCAGUCAAAGCAUGGUUUACUUACAACAGUAGCUUAUCAAUUAGGACCAAAAGCAGCACCUGUUUAUGCUUUAGAAGGAUCAAUUGCCAUUGCUGGAAUUAUUUUAGAUUGGUUAAAAAAUAAUCUCAAUAUAUUCCCUGAUGAAAAAGAGUAUGACUCUGAAAUUAAAAGAUAUUCUAAUGGAAGUGUUACAUUCGUUCCUGCAUUUACUGGUUUAUAUGCUCCAUAUUGGCAUAAGGAUGCUAAAAGCAUCAUCUGUGGUAUAACUUAUAACACAACUAAUACGCACAUAAUUGAAGCUGCUUUGAGAGCAAUAUGCUUCCAAAUAACAGAUAUUUUGGAAUCUAUUAGAAAAGAUACUGGGUUAAGUUUGGACAAAUUACUUGUUGAUGGAACUAUGACGAGCAAUAAUUUACUUAUGCAAAUGCAAGCGGAUAUAUGUGGAUUACCAGUGGGAAGUUAGGCCACUGAUGAGUGAAACUUCAGCUCUUGGAGUAGCAAUUGCUGCUGGAUGUGCAGAUGGAAUUAAAGUUUGGGAUGUUAAAAUUGAUAAUAAUAUACCAAGUGAUACUUUCUUGCCAAUGACAGUUG